AUGCGCGGCUUGGAAAAAGUGGGUGUCGCUGUGCGUGUUGGUGGUGGAGCGUCGAUGCGCAGAGGACUUUAAAACCAGUAAACGCGCGGUGGCACACGGUGGUGCGAGCCCAGGGACCGGGACCGUGCUGUCUAGUCGUACUCGGACGGAUUUGAUACGGACGCGUUCCCGUCUCGCCGUGAAGCGUUUCGACGCGAUGUGUGCGUAAAGCUGCACUUUCCGUGCGCGGUGGUCUGACCCGCGAUUCGUUUAUGGGGACGGUGCAGCGUUUUCGGCACUCUCAAAUCUGUGAACUGGGAAAUGGUAACGUAUGAACCACAGUGGAAGGAACAUGGUUGAGAGGACCAGUAAAUUUUUAUUCAUCGUUGUGGGAUCGGUCCUUUUCAUGUUGAUUUUGUAUCAGUACGUGGCUCCGGGGAUGAUGAACUUCGGGUCCCCGCACGGGUACCUCGUUGAAGACGAUGCGGAUAUUUUCCCAACUCCCGAUCCACAUUACGUCAAGAAAUAUUAUUUCCCCAUCAGAGACUUGGAACGCACGGUGGAUUUUCAGAUAAAAGGGGACGACGUUAUAGUCUUCCUUCACAUUCAGAAAACGGGAGGGACGACAUUCGGACGGCACCUGGUACAAAACGUUCGAUUAGAAGUUCCUUGCGACUGCAGACCGGGCCAGAAAAAGUGUACCUGUUACCGACCGAACCGUAAAGAAACCUGGCUCUUCUCUCGGUUCUCUACCGGCUGGAGUUGUGGUUUACAUGCCGACUGGACCGAGCUGACCAACUGCGUGCCAGGGGUUCUAAAUAAGAAAGAGAGCAAAAUGCAAAACCAAAGGAAGUUCUACUACAUCACCCUGCUGCGCGACCCCGUGUCGCGCUACCUGAGCGAGUGGCGGCACGUGCAGCGAGGAGCCACGUGGAAGACGUCUCUGCACAUGUGCGACGGGCGCACGCCCACCCCGGCCGAGCUGCCUCCCUGCUACGAGGGGGCGGACUGGGCUGGCUGCACGCUGCGCCAGUUCAUGGAGUGCCCGUACAACCUGGCCAACAACCGGCAGGUGCGCAUGCUGGCCGACCUCAGCCUGGUGGGCUGCUACAACAUGUCCUUCGUGCCCGAGAAACGGCGAGCGCAGCUGCUGCUGGAGUCGGCGAAGAAGAACCUGCGCGACAUGGCCUUCUUCGGCCUGACGGAGUUCCAGCGCAAGACGCAGUACCUGUUCGAGCGUACCUUCCGCCUGCGCUUCAUCCGCCCGUUCGUGCAGUACAACAGCACGCGGGCGGCCGGCGUGGACCUGGACGAUGGCACGGUGCGCCGCAUCGAGGAGCUGAAUGAGCUGGACAUGCAGCUGUACGACUACGCCCGCGACCUCUUCCAGCAGCGCUACGUGUACAAGAGGCAGCUGGAGAGGCGUGAGCACCGGCAGCGUGGAGGGGUGGGGGGCGGGGCCGGCGACAGCGCGGCCCGCGACGAGGCGGUGGAGGCGGAGGCCUCACGGCUGCCCACGGAGGACUACAUGAACCACAUCAUCAACCGCUGGUAGCCCACCCCCAAGCCCCCGGAAGGGGGGGGGCAUCCGAAGCAGGGGAGCGGGGAGGGGCGCUGCUCCGUCACCCGAGCACGCGCCCCUUAUCUCUCUGCGGAUGGCAGACGGCGUUCCCGGCCCCUUUGGAGCGCCGUGGGAAAACCAGGAGUCACGGCAGAGCCUCCAAGACUGAGCGAAGCAACAAUUACGUAAAGCGGUUUUCCCGCCUAAACGUCUGCUGCCAUUUCAGCCAUGAAUUAGGUUUUAUUUGUUUGUUUGUUUUCAGGGUCCUCAUGUUUUUUAGCACUGACACCAACAAUGCUACCUAAGGGUUAGUAGAUGGAAUCGGAACAGCUUGUCUUAGCCGGCGUUGGGAGACCCGGCCCACUUCCUGUCCCUGUUUUGUUGCGCGUUGGACCAUAGCCAUUAUUUAAGCCAUCCGUAUGCCGCAAGGGACCCGUGGUCGGUCAUAUGCACGGACGUGCUCGUGGUGAAUGUGAAGCUUUUGGUGUCACUGACCUCCACCCAGCCUCCAGCAGGUGGGGCAGAACACGGGACGGGGUGUCAGCGGGGACCGACCAGCGUGGCCCUGACCCCCGAAAGCUAUAGAGGUGAACUGGAGACCGGUGAGGUGGACGGCACCCGUGGGGAAAUCGAGGGAGAAUGCCGCCUCACUUUUUUUCAAAGAUGAGUUCAGAGGUGUGCAACCAUGUGCAGUAUCGAGACAGCUCCUUUGUGUUGGGCUAUUGCAAGAAUGUUGCUGUGUGUGUGUGUGUGUGUGUGUGUGUGUGUGUGUGUGUGUGCGCGUGUGUGUGUGGGAGGGAGAGAGAGAUGCUAAACCCCCAAUCAUAGAGAAGUAGCAGACAUGGCCUUUCUAUAUGUCCUCACUGAUCUCAAUUCUAUCUGACUACUCACAUGUGUAUGCAAAGGAGAUAAUGUGAGAAGUGUGUGUGUGUGUGUGUGUGUGUGUUUGUGCAUUUUACUGAGUCUGAAUGAAUGUAUCAUGGAUGGAUAUUUGUUCAUGUGUGACUAGGCUUUUCCUGUGUGUGUGUGUACGUGUGCACGCGUGCGUGUGUGUGUGUUUGUGAUCUCUUGAAGCCGUGGACUUCAGGGACUGAAGCUAAAGCCAGUAAGGGAACGAGGAAGCCCGUGACCUCCCAAACAUGCUGCUAAACGCAGCAUGUCACACGGCUGAGCGCCCCGGCAAAGCUCAGGGAGCCGAGACCCACGUGCACUGUCUGCGGACGCGAGUUAUCCCACUGGAAGUCUCCCGCGCCCCGUUCAGCCUGCCCCCCACAGCCCGGUGGCGAAGGCCCACCAGAGCUUGGCCGUCGGACCGCGCCUCACAGCUGUGGUGCCUGCACCUUUCAGCCAUGUUUAUCUGGUUAUUUAACCAAGUCUGGAAAUCCUUUUAUCUGGAAGUUUGUUGUUGUUUUGUUUUGUUUUUUUUAAGUUUCAUGGCAACAAGACUUCCCUCAACUUUGGGUCGCUCUGUUGAUGUAAUGCUACAUCCUCUUCUGAAAAAAAAAAAAAACAACAAAAAAACAGUGGGGGAUCUUUCAGGGUCUGGCAACCCGAGCUACGGCUGCAGCGAACUCGGGUUCUUCUACGGAUGUGUCGUGCUAGAGGCGGGCUCCGUCCGUUUCUCAAAUCCCCUGCCUUAUGUUAAGGAGGGUGGAGUCACGGCCUGGGCCCGCCCCUCUCUUGUUGCCACGGGAGGCGGGGUUUUUUUUUAGAUCUGCCUGCAGUGUUCGGCGGGCGCAUUGCUCGGUUUCUUUAAAAGCUGUGACUGAAUCAAAAUGUAUACGAUUGGAAGUAUUACAGCACUGGACAGUUCGUGAACUUUGCCCCCCAGAUCAUGUGUUCUUCUCAUCCCACGUCCUUUGACCUUUGCCUUUCUUUCCCUUUAGCAUUACAAACAUGGAUCAUCAAAGCAAAAUAAAAGAGAAGUUUCAUUUUUAUAUAUUA